CACUUCUUACUAUUUUAUCUUCUUCCUCUUCGCUCUUUCUUCUCUUCAUUGUUAAGGACGGACAACACAACUCCAAAAAGCUCACACCUUUCCUUCUCUAUUCACAGAAAAAAAAAAAUUAGCAUCUUUCUAAAAGAUUUUUUUAUGAUAAAUUAAUUUUCUUGAAAGAGUUUUCGUGGGUUGGUGUGUGUUUCAAUGGAGAAAGAAAAUUCGGAUAUGAAGAAGACUGAUGGGGCUCUUCCUGGAUUCGCUUUGGCUUCCACACCUAGGAUUUUCUGGAAUUCCAGAAAGAGAUCAGCUAGCAGAAGGAAUUUAGACAUUACAGAAGACACUGCUAAUGAAACCCCCGCCAAAGAUAAAGAAGCCUCCAAAACAGAAAAGGACCCGGAGUUGAUUCCAGAUCCCAUGCUUUCUGAGCGUCGGAAGGCUCUCUUUGAACCCCUGGAUCCAGCACAUAGCCGGCAGUCAGCAGCUGAAACCUUACUACCCCCACCAGACUUUGAUGCCACAUGCUAUCCCAAGGGCUGGCUGAUCGGAAAGAAGCGAAAGCUAGUAAAUGUGGAUGUUGUUGAGAGCAUGCGACGUGUUGCUGUCCAGGAAAUGAAUAGAAAGGACCGCGAAAUCAAUGGCCUAAAUGAACAACUGGAAGAGGAUGCACGCUGUCUCGAACAUCUACAACUCCAACUUCUGGAAGAGCGGAGCAAACGUGCUGAGAUCGAGAGAGAAAAUGCAAUGCUGCAAGAUCAGGUAAACAUGCUGAUGAACAUGUUGCAGGAAAACGAGGCAAUGGAUGAUGAAGGCACGGAGGAACCUUGAUCAUAAUAGUUUGUUUGAUUGUAUGCCUGUUUGUUCAUUCUUUUGUAGAAUUGUUUGGUAAAUGUAGAGAGCAAAAUCAUACAUGCAUAUGAUAUUCUUAGCCCAACAAAGGAAAAAGAGUCAUAUAUAAAUUAGGAUGUCAUUUAGCUUAUUUGGUGCUGCAGAUGCCUUGCUUAUGCUUGAUUUUCUGUAACCGAGAGUGUAUUUAAAUAAUGUGCUUGUAAUUUCUGAAGAAAUUUCUAUUUGUUUGUUGA